CAUAUAGGCUGCAUAUUAAAUGGUCUCGGUCGUGGCAUAAUAAUGAAUUUUAUGAUUCCAACCAGGCCCGUGCAUUGGCAUCGAAAACACCUUGUGAACCAGGUACUCGUCGCCGUGAUUCAAAACCGUGCUUUUGAUACCCACUUGGCUGCUGCAUCAGCUUCUGUCAAUCCCAAUGCUGCUUCUUUGUGGACGGUUGAUGUGGUUUCGGAAGUGCUAAGGUCUAUUCCCAGAUACUUUUUCCAGUCCUCUCGCUCUAUUGGCCGUCAGGGAGGUUUCCGGCAUCGUGCUCCUCUGAAACAACGCAAGCUCAAGGAGGAAGAAGAUAAGCUUCGCAAGAAUGUGCUUGUUCUUGGCCCUGCUGCUCACAGAGACCCACAGAGGGUCAAGCUUGGAUUGGGCAAAGCAAUUGAAUUCUACUAUUGGGUCGAAAACCAUUUUGGAUUUACCCACAACGAGACCACUUGCAGGGAGAUGGCUUGUGUAUUGGCUAAAGGGAAUAAACUGAAUGCUCUUUGGGAUUUUCUGAAGGAGAUGUCUAGGAGGACUGGUGGGUUGGUUACCACGGCGACUGUUACGUGUUUGAUAAAAGUACUAGGAGAAGAGGGAUUAGUUAAUGAAGCAUUAAUUACAUUCUAUAGGAUGAAGCAAUACCACUGUAAACCGGACGUAUAUGCUUACAACAACAUGAUAUAUGUUCUUUGCAAGGUGAGAUAUUACAAAAAGGCAAGGUUUUUGUUGGAGCAGAUGGAGCUUCCUGGCUUUAGAUGCCCACCUGACACAUUUACUUAUACUAUUUUAAUAAGUUCCUACUGCAAAUUUAGCAUGCAAACUGGAAGUAGGAAGGCAACUAGGAGGAGAUUGUGGGAAGCUAACCAUCUGUUUCGCCUAAUGCUCUUCAAGGGCUUUGUUCCUGAUUUUGUGACGUAUAAUGCCUUGAUUGAUGGUUGCUGUAAAACAUAUAGGAUUGAUAGAGCAUUGGAAUUAUUUGAAGAUAUGAAGAAAAGAGGUUGUGUUCCCAAUCGAGUUACAUAUGACUCUUUCAUUAGGUAUUAUAGUGCCGUAAAUGAGAUAGACAAAGCUAUUGAGAUGUUACGUCGUAUGCAGAAUUUGAAUCAUGGAAUACCCACUUCAAGUUCAUAUACCCCUAUUAUUCAUGCUUUGUGUGAAGUUGGAAGAGUUGUUGAUGCUCGGAAUUUCCUUGUUGAGUUGGUUGAUGGAGGAUCAACACCCAGAGAAUAUACAUACAGAUUGGUUUGUGAUGCCCUGCACUCAGUGGGAGAGGCCAGCUUGUUAAGCGAAGAAGUGCACAAGAGAAUAAGAGAUGGGAUACGGAGCAGAUACAUGCAGACCAUGAAAAUCAAACCAAUUAUGGCUCGCAAAGGAUAUCCUGAAAUGGAAGUAGUUUGAUUUCUUCUGAAUGGAACCGGUUAUGUUCAAAAAAUCAGUAUGUUCCAAUGCUGAAUAUUAUUUAGAUUGCGGCUUGCUGCUAUUUUAAAUUCAGGACAUGAUCAUCUUAGUCCUCAUGUGAGUAGCUGUUAUUUUAAUCGGAGAGAGUUUUUGAUUAUUCGCAGAGGUUGGCUUUGGAGAAUGAACUUUUGAUGGCAUUUUAGUCUCUAUAGUAGUGCCAUUUUGUUCGACGCUAGCCAAGUCUGACAACCACAACCAUUCUACAAAGAAGCAAGAACCUGACCUGGCAUUUGCUGUGCGUAAGAUGAUACUGCAUAUUAGCCGUAACGGACUACUUCGAAUUCAGAGGACCGGCGAUACUCCAUAUGCUUGUCUUCCUUUUCCUGUCAAAUUUCCCAGCUGAUGCAAAAUGCUCUCAUUGAGUGAUAUACUCUUUGAUCAUGUUCAUGCGCCUAUCGUACAAGUUGAAAUGUACUUGUCACAACUCAUCAAUCAAACGUAAAAGCUUGUAAAUGGCUGUGGAAUGCAUUCCCAUUCACGUGAUCUGAUUUUUUUUUUUUUUCAAUAUACGUGUUUUAGUGAUGUGCCAAUAUAAAUUAUAGAAAUGCUUGUGUAAGGAAAACGAUUUAUG